UUUAGUUUGGAAAAGAAAGAGUAAAAAAAACCCAAACAACAAACUCCAUGAAUACUUGAAUACAUGUUUGUGUUUGUGGGAGUAAAUAAUAUAAAGUGGGAAAACUUGAUGCCCUCUUCCUUUGCUUUAUCUGCAAGUACCCAUAGUUGGUAAUUUUUUGAUCUUUUCUCUAUUGGCAACUUAAGCAAAGACAAAUGAUGCUGUUUGACAGCAAUGAAAUGAAACCCUGCCCACAUUCUGUUUGUUAAAAUUACUAAGUGAAAAUUUGGUGCUUUCUUCUCAAUUUUAGCUGCCCAUUUUCAGAAUAUCUCAAAAGGGCCCUGCAAUUUUGCCUUUCUGGGGAUUUUUAGCACCACCAGCCUUACUUAAUGCUUAGAUUUUGACUAAUUGUGUAUUAGUUUAUAGUUAAGCAAGGGAAUCUGCUUUUCCAUUGGAAUUGUCCGUGAGCUUUUUUACUUAGACCAAAAGCCCAUCACAUCUUCACCACUGUGUUUCAGAGGAUUACUUUUUUUUCCGUAUUGGAGUAAGCUUUGAUUCAUUCAUGGGUUCUUGAAAUAUGAAUUAAAAUAGCCACUGAUGCAAAAAUUGGAUUAGGGGUUUAUUUCUCUUCUGCUUUCUUUAACUUUUCUUUUUUAAAUUUUCUCACAGUGCUGUAAAUAAAAGCUGCCAGGUUUUAUUCGUGCCUUGUUAAGUCCUGCAACAUAAACAUUUGGUCAAACCCCUGUUCUUUUGCCUUAGUUUUUUUUUUUUUACCUCUUAAAAAUUUGGCUGUUCUUGGAUUUGGUUUUGAUUCUUGAAAAUGGCGUCUGAAGAAAGUGGGGAUAAUAACAGAGUGUUUCAUCAAUCUGCCCCUUUCUAUGGUGGUUCUGUUAAUUGGGAUUCAUUUGGAAAUUCUAACAUUGUUCUUCAUCCAAAUGAUUUUGCUAAUCAAAUUCAGACAAUGGGAAGUUCUUCCCAAUUUGCCCACUUUCCAUCCGAUUCGGGUUUCGUCGAUAUCGUGUCGAAAACGAUCCCUAGUUUUCGGAGUGGAAGUUUCUCGGAGAUGCACACUUCUUUGGAUUGUGCAGCUGAAUCAGAUUAUUCACCUUAUGGAAAGAGGAAAAGAGGAGCUUCACCCAAGAAUGCUGAAGAAGAAGAAGAAGAGAAGAAAGAUUGCUGUGUGGAGAAAUCUGAUUUAGCUAAAGAAGAGGAUGAAGAGAAGCAGAAAUCGGUUAAAAAGGCGGAUAAUAAUUCGGUAGAUUUAGAACCUUCGAAAGAGAAUUACCUUCAUAUGAGAGCCAAAAGGGGUCAGGCAACAAAUAGCCACAGCCUUGCCGAAAGGGUGAGAAGAGAGAGGAUCGGUGAGAGGAUGAAAUUGCUUCAAGAACUCGUUCCCGGUUGCAAUAAGAUAACUGGAAAAGCGAUGAUGCUUGAUGAGAUAAUCAACUAUGUGCAAUCACUCCAACAGCAGGUUGAGUUCUUGUCAAUGAAGCUUGCGACGGUGAAUCCAGAGGUGAAUGUCGAUAUAGACAGGAUAUUGUCUAAAGAUAUUCUCCACUUGCGUGGCGGAAAUAUAACCGCACUUGGAAUUGCUCCGUCGUUCAAUCCAUCCCAUCCUUUCCAAGGAACCUUCAACGCAACUCCACCGUUUAAUCCAUUAAUAUCACAGCAUACAUGGAACAAUGAGCUCCAAGGUAUUCUCCAAAUGGGAUUUGAUCCCGAUCCCUCGAAUAGCAGUUUGGGGCAAAAUGGGCCAUCGAGAAUGGAGCUAUAGAGUGUUUUAUGAAAAAAAGUCGAGACCGCUGCUCUUCUAACCAAAAAUUCAAGCAUAUAUAUAUAUCUUGUGAAGAUUUGUUUUAUCGAAAGUAAAAAUGCUAAGCAAACGUUUGCACUUCUGAUUUUUAUUAUGCCUGUAUGUAUAGGUUCUAAAGCCACCUAACUCUUUGUUCUUCGAAUUUUUAAGAGAAGAAAACUUGACUACUGAAGAU